CAACCAGAUCCCUCAGGUCGCAGCUCGCACCAUGAUGGUGAAAAUCACGUGCGCUCAAGCCCGCUUUACUGUUUCGGGACGCGUGCCUCCGCUCCCGUUGGUUUCACCGCAAACAACAAUACCACAACAACAGUCGCGAUGCAACCCGAGCAACAUGCGCGCCAGCCUCCGCCGUAAUUGUUGUUUCUGAAGUGCACUUGUUGAUUGCGUCCGGCGUUCGUCUCCUGCGCGUGGCCUGCAUCGACGUGGGCAUGCCACCCACGACUAAGAGCGACAUCGACCGCCUCCUCCCCACGCCAACCAACGGUCGCCGCAACGAGCUCGUUGCAGCCUUCUCUUCCCAAUUUGCGACUCUUGCUAGCGACAUCCUCGCCAUCGAACAAACGCGCACCCGCAACGAGCUGCUCGACUAUCUCUGGCUACCUGCCGUUUGGCUCAGCAUUCACUUGUGCCAAGACCCAGACCGUGACCUCUCGUCGUUUGCGACUGAACACAGCGCACCGCUCUCAGUCUUCACGGAAUCUGUCAGAGGAGCUGGAGGCCCGCUCUACAACGUGCACCGCAUCAUCCACCAUUGGGGCCAAGAUUUCCACGCACGUCUACAUAACAAGCACAACAUCGAGUUACCACUCCGGCCCAGUCACCAUCUUUUGGAGCGACUGGCUGCGGUAGCACGGAGGGCACCAAACAUCAACACUUUCGCCGAGCAAUUUGUCUCGUUUCUCCCAGUCCAUUUCGCUACUCUCAUCAAGCGGGAUCAUGAAACAGCUCUGUUCAAUUCUGGCCACCGAGUAGUGCGCACGGGUGAUAUCGCUGCUUUCUACGACGACUUCUUUGUGACUUCGAAAGCUCCCACUACACCGCCUAUCGUCCGCAUGCCCACCAAGAGAGGUCCAACCAGUCCGCUACUACGUACCCGUAGUCAGAAAAGACUGGCUGUGGGUAAGAGUCAGACCAACAUCACACCGACACCCAGUCGUCACAGAAACUCUGACAUAGCUACCCCCGAGAUUGGCCGGAGAGAUUCCACUGCCGACCUGUCACUCAACUUCACUACCGACUCCCUGCUACGCGGUUCUCAACCACCCUCAUCUCCAAAUCUCCGCAUCGAAGACAGCGUUCUCAUCGACCAAAACGAUACCACGAACUUUGACACAACAAAUUUCGAACUACCCGACAUCACCCUUGGCGAGAUUGACGGGACAUCUCAGUCUGAGACGAUGAACUGCGAAAUGCUAGCAUUGCUCACAAAGCUGCAACCGGGUCUAGCCGAAGAACUCGAGAAGAACCGCACUCUCCAGACCCAGGCCGUCAAGACCACGCGGGAUGCAGAGGCAGCUCGGGAUAGCGCUGUCAAAGCAGUCGAAGCUCUACGAGACAGCAUCGGCACAGAACUGCAAUUCAAGCAAGGCGCCAUGGUCAACAUGGCCAAUCUUCGCUUGGUCGGGGCGCAGAUGGAACGCGAACUCACCGAGGUCGCUGCCCUGAGAGACCUCUACGUGUCUUCCGAAAGCGACGACGAUGACGACAAUGUACUUGUGCCGUCCUUGGGAAGCAAACAAGCAAUGCUGCAAGCCGCAGAAAAGCAGGUCUCUCUUGCUGAAGGUCGUGUGAACAAGGUUCAACUGGCCUUGGAGAGGGUGGGCGCUGCGGAGAAAAAGCUGGCGCAGAAGUGGACGGAGGUAUCAGCGGCGAAGCAGGCGGAGAAGAGCAGCAAGGCGCCUAUGCUGGCGUUGGCGCAGUUCUGCUCUGGUGUUGGCGCAGAUGGCACGUUUCCCGGUCUCUGAAUGUGGAGGUCAAGCUCAGGUUGAGCUGUUUUGGAAACGAAUGUAAUAAGCCAAGCGAUGAUCGGUACUAAAAUCCAAAUAAAAC